AUGCCUGUUUUCUUCAACUGGAAUGCGAAUCAAGCAAACAUAUUUAAAAUGCGUAGCAUUAACUACCUAAAACGUACUUUUACCAGCACUGACGUAACAGUACCUCGUCAGUGGUAUAGUAGACGGAUAGUUUUUUGCAAAGCUAUCGACGACUCGUCGUGCUCGGAAAUAAUGAGUGGAAAGAUAUUUGCAUUUCUGUGUUCCGUGCUUCUCCUCGUCCUUUCGUCAUCAAAAUCGCAGCAAAAUUCCACUAACGAAGAUGAUAAUUUGACGAUACGAUACGAGAUAAAUACGGAUUCUACAACAAAUUAUAACGACGAAAUAAUAACCCUGCGAUAUGAUUUGCAUAAAAAGAUUAUGAAUAAUACACAAAAUGACAAUAAAGAUGAUGAGCAAAAAUCGAUGAAAUCUAACACGAAUUCGACAAAUGUCAAUCAUAAAGGAAAUUUUACGCCGGAAAUUUAUGAAAAUGUAAUUGAAAAGAAUGAUUCCAUGUCACUUGAAGUCCUCAAAAAUUCCAGCAAAGAUGCUAAUGAAACUAUCAUCGUCCUAAACGAAAUGUGUCAUAAUGAUACUUGCAUUCGGUUCUGCUGUUUUCUUGACGAGCGUAUCGUUGAUGACAACUGCAGUCCUGACGAAUUUGAAUACAUUUUUCCAAAGGUAUACACGAACGAUUCGACGCAGAGCGAAAAGAGAGUAAACGAAUUGUUUGACUUGGCCAUUUAUGAUUCGUGCCAGGAAGAUUACUAUCUGCUUCCUGAAGGUUUUCAGUACGAUUAUAAGAUUUUUACCAACGGUUCUAUAUAUUUACCUUAUUAUGAUAUAUUUGUUGAAUCGUCAUCAUAUUGUCUCGCCGUCGUCGACGGGAGUGAAUUCCAAGUGAUCUACUGUUCCGAAACUUAUGACAAGACCGAGGAGAUAACUGAUAAUGAGCCCUUGAAUUUUGACGAAGAUAUUUUGCAAAUAAGUGCCGAUAUAGUGACUAUAUUACUUUUGGGGUCAGUAUUUUUGGUGUAUUCCAUAUUGCCAGAACUCCAAAAUAAACACGGCUUUAUGUUGCGCAAUUAUAGCGGUGCCGUGUUUGUUGCAUACGGAAUUGAUCUGGUGUAUAUUUUUAUCAAAUCGGAUAUACAGUAUCCCGUCUGCGUUACAAUAGGUAGAGUAUAUAUCUAA